UAAACGCUUCUCGUUUUGCCUCCUCUGUCGUCUCUUCUCUCUCUGAGAAAACCAAAGAGGGAGAGAAGAAAUGGUAGCACCUGUCAUGUCCUCAUUCCAAACCCUAGAAUAGUAGAAUCCACUUUCUUUGCAAAUCCAUAAAUACCCUCACUCACUCUCUUUCUUACGAAAAAUAAAAACCCAAAAUUCUUAGAAAGAGAGAAACAUUAACACAAGCAACAAACGCAGCACAAACCCGAACGAAAAGCACCACUUUCUCUCUCAUUUUGUCUCCGAUUCUCGGCUUCCAAUCAGGUCCCAUUCCUCUCUUCCUUCGCACCGAAGUUCCAAUCGGUACGUUGCUUCUCCCUUCCCUAAUCGCUAAUAGUUAAUCUCCUUCCAUUUCUUGCAUCGCUGUUUUGUACUUGAAUAGUACUCAUGCUUCGUGAGCUAGGGUUAGGGUUUUUCCUUGUCCUGAUUCCCUUGAUCGUUGCGCGGUUUCUGUAUCUUGCUUUUGACUUCGAUCCACUUGGCGAUCGCGGUGUUAGUUCUUGGUUCUUGAUUGCUUUUCUUGUUGCUGUGUUGACGGUUCGGUUUCGUGGCGUGUUCAGCAGUUCACUGCACUAUAUGCUUCCAAGAAAGAGACCCUGCGAAGGAGAGGUUGUAGAAGAAGAGACCGACAACAGUUCCUUUUCCAAGAAGAAUCGGAUCGCCGCCGCAACUGCCGAUUCCACGGUGAGGAACGGUGACCGGAGCUUUAGCGGCAGCGACAAUAACAGCGACAGCGGGAACUUGCGUGAGGGAGCGUUAGCUAUGGCUUUAGGCGAUUCCAACCCGCCAGAUAUCGAUGAGGAUCUGCACAGCCGUCAACUUGCCGUUUAUGGUCGAGAGACCAUGCGGAGGCUCUUUGCUUCUAGCAUCCUCGUCUCAGGGAUGCAGGGUCUUGGCGUCGAGAUUGCAAAGAAUCUCAUUCUCGCUGGUGUCAAAUCUGUGACUUUGCAUGAUGAGGGGACUGUAGAGCUGUGGGAUCUGUCCAGUAAUUUUGUGUUUACAGAAGAAGAUGUUGGUAAAAACAGGGCAGUGGCUUCUGUAAGUAAAUUGCAGGAGCUCAACAAUGCAGUGGUUGUCCAGAGCUUGACAACUGGGCUGACAAAGGAGCUCCUUUCUAAGUUUCAGGCUGUUGUUUUUACUGAUAUUAGUCUGGAAAAAGCCUUUGAGUUCAAUGAUUACUGUCACAGUCAUCAGCCUCCUAUUGCUUUUAUUAAAGCUGAAGUUAGAGGCCUUUUUGGUUCUGUGUUUUGUGAUUUUGGGCCUGAGUUCACUGUUUUUGAUGUUGAUGGAGAAGAACCCCAUACUGGCAUAAUUGCAUCCAUAAGCAAUGACAAUCCCGCUCUAGUAUCUUGUGUUGAUGAUGAGAGGCUUGAGUUUCAGGAUGGAGAUCUUGUUGUAUUCUCUGAAAUUCAUGGUAUGAAAGAAUUGAAUGAUGGAAAGCCAAGAAAGAUUAGAAAUGCUAGAGCAUAUUCUUUUACUCUUGAAGAAGACACCACAAAUUAUGGUAUCUAUGAGAAAGGUGGUAUUGUCACGCAGGUCAAACAACCGAAGGUAUUGAACUUUAAGCCACUCAGGGAAGCACUCAGUGAUCCCGGCGAUUUUCUUCUGAGUGAUUUUUCAAAGUUUGAUCGCCCAACUCUCCUUCACUUAGCAUUCCAGGCUUUGGAUAAGUUCAUUUCUGAGUUAGGUCGCUUCCCUGUUGCUGGUUCAGAGGAAGAUGCACAGAAGCUUAUAUCUUUUGCCACUAGUAUUAAUGACAACUCAGGUGAUGGGAAAUUAGAAGAUAUAAAUCCCAAACUUUUGAGACACUUUGCUUUUGGUGCUAGGGCAGUAUUGAACCCUAUGGCUGCCAUGUUUGGUGGAAUUGUUGGACAAGAGGUUGUCAAGGCAUGCUCUGGGAAGUUUCACCCCCUUUUUCAGUUUUUCUACUUUGACUCUGUGGAAUCACUCCCUUCAGAACAAGUGGACCCAAAUGAUUUCAGGCCAAUAAAUAGUCGUUAUGAUGCACAGAUUUCAGUAUUUGGACGGAAGUUACAGAAUAAAUUGGAGGAUUCUAAGGUUUUUGUUGUUGGAUCUGGUGCUCUGGGAUGUGAAUUUUUGAAAAAUCUUGCUCUCAUGGGAGUUUCUUGUGGAAGUCAGGGGAAGUUGACUAUUACUGAUGAUGAUGUGAUAGAGAAGAGUAACCUAAGCAGGCAGUUCCUUUUCCGUGAUUGGAAUAUUGGACAGGCUAAGUCCACAGUUGCUGCUUCAGCUGCUGCAUCUAUAAAUUCUAGUUUUAAUAUUGAAGCUCUACAAAAUCGAGUUGGCACUGAAACUGAAAAUGUGUUUAAUGAUACCUUCUGGGAAAACUUGAGUGUUGUAAUAAAUGCACUGGACAAUGUGAAUGCAAGACUAUAUGUUGAUCAGAGAUGCUUGUAUUUUCAAAAGCCUCUUCUUGAGUCCGGAACUCUUGGAGCUAAAUGCAAUACCCAGAUGGUCAUUCCCCACAUAACUGAAAACUAUGGUGCAUCAAGAGAUCCACCUGAGAAACAGGCACCCAUGUGCACUGUACACUCAUUUCCACACAACAUCGACCAUUGCUUGACAUGGGCGCGAUCAGAGUUUGAGGGUUUACUUGAGAAAACUCCCGCUGAAGUAAAUGCAUAUUUGUCUAACCCAAUUGAAUAUACUAAUGGAAUGACAAAUGCUGGAGAUGCUCAAGCAAGGGAUAACUUGGAGCGUGUUCUUGAGUGCCUUGACUCAGAAAAGUGUGAAAAUUUUGAAGAUUGCAUUACUUGGGCUCGGCUAAAAUUUGAGGAUUAUUUUGCUAACCGGGUGAAGCAGUUGAUCUACACUUUCCCUGAAGAUGCUGCAACCAGUACUGGAGCUCCUUUCUGGUCUGCACCAAAAAGAUUUCCUCAUCCGCUACAGUUGUCUUCCUCUGAUCUGGGUCAUCUACACUUUGUGAUGGCAGCUGCUAUUUUACGGGCAGAAACAUUUGGUAUCCCAAUCCCUGAUUGGGUGAAGAACCAGAGGAAGGUGGCUGAAGCUGUUGAUAAGGUGAUAGUACCUGACUUUCAACCCAAGAAAGAUGCAAAAAUAGUAACAGAUGAGAAAGCCACCACUCUCUCCACUGCUUCAGUGGAUGAUGCAGCGGUUAUUAAUGAUCUAAUAAUCAAAUUAGAGAGGUGCCGGAGUAAUCUGCCACCAACAUUCAGAAUGAAACCUAUUCAGUUUGAGAAGGAUGAUGAUACAAACUACCAUAUGGAUGUUAUUGCUGGGCUUGCCAAUAUGAGGGCUCGGAAUUACAGCAUUCCUGAGGUUGACAAACUUAAAGCCAAGUUUAUUGCUGGAAGGAUCAUUCCUGCAAUUGCAACCUCAACUGCCAUGGCCACUGGUCUUGUCUGCCUGGAGCUCUACAAAGUUUUGGAUGGGGGGCACAAGGUUGAAGACUACAGAAAUACCUUUGCUAACUUAGCACUGCCUCUUUUUUCAAUGGCCGAACCUGUUCCACCGAAGGUUAUCAAGCAUCAAGAUAUGAGUUGGACUGUUUGGGACAGAUGGAUUCUUGGAGACAAUCCUACCCUCAGGGAACUUCUGCAGUGGCUGAAGGCAAAAGGCUUGAAUGCUUAUAGUAUUUCUUGUGGAAGUUGCCUUCUCUAUAAUAGUAUGUUCCCUAGGCAUAAAGAGCGAAUGGACAAAAAAAUUGCAGAUCUAGCUAAGGAAGUAGCCAAGCUGGACAUUCCUUCAUACCGUCGUCACUUGGAUGUUGUUGUGGCAUGUGAGGAUGAUGAAGAUAAUGAUAUUGACAUCCCUCAAAUAUCAAUUUAUUUUCGUUAGGUUGCUUUCAUCUUGUAAGAGGUGUGUUUGAGACUUAUAGGUAAAAAGGACAGCAAGUUUGAUUCUCAUGCUCCAUAUUCAUAAUGGAUAAAGGCACAUUCUUGACCAUGUCAAAGUUCAUAUAUGAAUUGAAAGAGCAACUUUCAUUCGUAGUACGUUGUCUUUCUUUCAAUGCUUUUGGGAUCUUUCUUCAAU